UCUCACGUCUCGUUUGGAGAAUCAUCCUUCUCUCUCUCUCUUGGUGUUUUCUUCCCGCAUCUGAGAUCUCUGCAACUUUUGAAUCGAUAUUCGAGAAUUAGGGCUUUUACGUUGGGUUCUAGGGUUUCGAAGAGCAUAAGAUAAUAAUGCCUUCGGUGCCCACCAAGCUUCUCCUUCUCCUACUUUUGAUACCUUCGUUGACUCCUUAUCAUUCUGGUUUGUCUUCGCAUCGUCUUAAACCUCUUGAAAAGUCUGAUUGGCGUGGUAAUCUUAGUUAACGUUUCCUUCUCCUCCUUCUUCUCUGUUCUCGUUGACCCUUUUCUUCUCUCGUCCUCCUUGUCUGGUUCUUGAGAUUUUCCUAGCUCGAUCGUUGUUGUUUUUCAACCUUUUGGGCGUUGCUUGGUUUGCAAGUUACAACCAAUAAAGUUACUACUACUGUGUGACUGACUAAUCUCCUGCUUUAGUUGGAUAUGAGUUCUGUUUGUGGUACGCUGGAUUUCAAAGAUGCAGACUUUGACAUCUCCACUUCGAGUUCUAUCUCCAAUGGCUCGAAGCAUUCCUCUCAUGCUGGAUCUGAAGAGUCUCAGGAGUCUGAUGGAGAUGAAACUGGUUUUAUA